CAUUUUGAGCUCUUUCACUCUGUCUCUCUGCCAUGGACUCCCAUUCCUUAAUGUUUGCUGUCUUGGUACUGUCACUCACUCCAUGCUCUGUCCUGGCCCGAAAGCCCUGCAAUUUCCCGGCCAUUUUCAAUUUCGGCGACUCCAAUUCCGACACCGGCGGCCUCUCCGCCCUCUUAUGGCAGGCCCCUCCACCCAAUGGCAUGUCCUAUUUCCACGCCCCCGCCGGCCGAUACUGCGACGGCCGCCUCAUCGUUGAUUUCAUGGCCAAAAGCUUUGGAUUGCCUUAUCUUAGUGCUUAUCUCAAUGCAUUGGGAGCCAAUUUCAGCCACGGAGCCAAUUUCGCCACUGCUGCCUCAAGCAUUAGGCCACAAACCAUAACUCUUAUGCAGCCGGGUGGUGUUAGCCCCAUUUCUCUUGAUGUUCAAUACAAUGAAUUCUAUGACUUUCGUCGUAGAUCCCAGACCGUUCGUAAUCGAUUGGGUGGUUUUUUUAAGUCCUUAUUGCCGAAGGAAACGAGCUUCGGUCGGGCUUUGUACACGUUUGAUAUUGGUCAGAAUGAUUUGACGAGUGGUUACUUCUCGAAUAUGACUGUCGAACAAGUUCGAGAUUACAUCCCUCAAGUGCUCCAUCAGUUCUCCACUAUUGUCAAGUGGGUACACAGUCAAGGAGGAAGGUUCUUCUGGAUCCAUAACACAGGCCCGGUGGGGUGCCUUCCAUAUGUAUUGAGUCGAAUGCCUGUUUCACCCUCCGACUACGACCGAUAUGGAUGUGCCAUUCCUUUCAAUGACUUGGCUCAAACUUUCAACUGCGGCCUGAAGAAAGUUGUGGCUGAGCUUCGCGCAGCUUUACCCGAUGCCACACUCACAUACGUCGAUGUUUACUCUCUCAAAUACACCCUCGUUAGCCAACAUAAAAAACAUGGGUUCGAGUUUCCAUUGAGAACGUGUUGUGGGCAUGGUGGAAAGUAUAACUUCAACGUGAAGCUUGGAUGUGGAGGAACGAAACGGGUCAAUGGGAAGGAUGUUUUGAUUGGAAAGGCUUGCAAGAAGCCAGAAGUGUAUGUGAAUUGGGAUGGUAUACAUUAUACGGAGGCAGCUAACAAAUGGAUCUUCAAUAAGAUCAAAACCGGUGCUUAUUCUGAUCCACCAAUUCCUUUGGAGAUGGCUUGUCACAGAGACUAAUCUAAAUCUAGUCCGAUUAUUGUAAUGCUUUGCUUUCGAGAUAUAGAUCGGCUUCGUGCAUCUCGAUGUUUGUCGAAGGUGUUCCUAAGGUAUGCCCUUCCGGUGGGCUAUUCUCUUCUCUAUCUUUUCCAUCUAAUGCCCACAUAGCGUUAGAAAAUCUGUGUCUUCGAUCUCUUUGCGCAAUGCAAUAUAUCAGUCUCUUUUUCUCAGCAUCUGCUUUUUAAGUGUUCUAUCACCCUUUUCUCUCUCUAUCUUUUUGGCCUUUUAUGCCGACAUGAGAUAUAAACUAGAUCAACAGGUUCAUUA